GAAAUCGCAUCGAGCACAAAGCGGAAAGAGAAAAGACAAACCAAAAGUAAAAAAAAAACGCGCGCGUGCGUUUGCUGAUCGUCGAUCGUUGUGUGAGUGUGUUAUGUGAGAGAGAGAUAGAGGAAGAGUAGAGGGGAAGGAGCGCACUGAAAAAAAACCUCUUGGAAUUAACAAUGGCUGAUUAUUUUGAUGAACUGGGACAUACGCCCACUGGGCCUGAGGGCGCCAACGAUUAUGAGCGACAUCAUCGUCGCCUCCAGGUGCUGGCCAUCAUGAAUGGCAUCGAUAUGGAAAUCGAGGUGCCGGAGGCAUCCAAGCGGGUCAUAGCCCAGUUGCCGAUCCACGAAAUUGCCGCCGAGGAGGUUAACGACGAUUUCGAGUGCUCCGUGUGCAAACAGCCGGCGGAGGCUGGCGAUAAAUUCAAGAUCCUCCCGUGCAAACACGAAUUCCACGAGGAGUGCAUUAUGCUCUGGCUAAAGAAGGCAAACUCCUGUCCCAUUUGUCGCUACAUCUUUGAGACCGAUGAUGAGGUAUAUGAGGAACUACGUCGUUUUCAGCAGGACGAGUCCAAUCGUCGGGAUCGUCAAAAUUCUCUGCUGGAUUCCAUGUUUGGUUAAAGACAACAAUUACUUCAAUUUGUAAUUUUUCUGGGUAUGGUGUUAUUAUUGGUGUGUGCUCUAAAAAUAAAUAUGUUUCUUAAAAGCAGAAAAA